AUGGCAUCGUUUAUUGAAUGCCUGCAGAGAGCAGGAUUUGUGGAGGUGCCAUGGGACACCAGGCCUAAGGUCCAGUGGUCAAAGAGGAACUUAAAGGGUAGAUGUGACCAAGACUUUCAUAUGCACGUUAAAAGCGCAACAUUCGUAAAUGAAUUCGCCCAAACUCUCAAUGAAGCAGGUGGCAAAUGGAAGAUGUGCUGGCAGCACGCUGUCCCUGAGACAGAAAAAGUUAUCGUCUUUGGGAUCGUUCAGGUCCAGGCAGAACAGUCCCUUAACUUGAUGGAGAAAAGGGAACCUUCCGCUCUUCGUCUAAUCUCUUCCAGGAAUUUCUAUUACAUCACCAUGUUGCGGGAUCCGGUGUCCCGGUACCUGAGCGAGUGGAAACACGUCCAGAGAGGGGCCACGUGGAAAACCUCCCUCCACGUGUGCGAUGGGAGGAGCCCCACCCCCGAUGAGCUGCCUACCUGCUACCCCGGGGACGACUGGUCUGGGGUCAGCCUACGGGAAUUCAUGGAUUGCACCUACAACCUGGCUAACAACCGCCAGGUGCGCAUGCUGGCCGACCUCAGCCUGGUGGGCUGCUACAACUUGACUUUCAUGAACGAGAGCGAGAGGAACGCCAUCCUGCUGCAGAGCGCCAAGAGCAACCUGAAAAACAUGGCUUUCUUCGGGCUCACGGAGUUCCAGCGGAAGACGCAAUUUCUCUUCGAGAGGACAUUCAACCUCAAGUUCAUCUCCCCCUUCACGCAGUUCAACGUCACGCGGGCUUCCAACGUGGAGAUCAACGAGGGCGCCCGCCAGCGCAUCGAGGAGCUCAACUUCUUGGACGUGCAGCUGUACGCGUACGCGAAGGACCUCUUCCAGCAGCGCUACCACCGUACCAAGCAGCUGGAGCGCCAGAGGGACCGGCAAAAGAGGCGCGGGGAGCGGAGGCUGCAGCGGGAGCACAGGGGCCGCCGGUGGCCCAGACAGGACGGGAACCCAGAGGGGGCCGUCACGGAGGACUACAACAGCCAGGUGGUGAGAUGGUGACCCCCUGCCUUCCCCUCCUCUCCACGGGAGGGGGAGCAUUAACCGGGGCACUGCCCUACCUUGGAGAAUGUGGGACCAUGCUGAGGACGUCUGGCUGGCUGUAGGUGGCUUGAUUGGGGCCCCUGCUUCCUCUUUGUCUUCACCUUUAUCCAGCUGAAGAUGAUCCGUCUUCUUUUUCUCCUGACAUUUUUCAGUCUGUGAUAGUAAGUAGGGUAGGAAUGCAUCCAAUAAAAGACAGCUUUAGAAGGUCAAGGGGAGAAGCACCAGAAAGGAAAGAGUCCUUGGGAUCUUUUAUUUUUGCGGCGACGGCAUAGGUUAUAGUUUGGGCAACUGGAACCCACCAAGGCACACAUGAAAAGCCAAAUUAUGGCUUGGAUGUUCUGCUGAAACUGAUCUGUUCAUACUGCCUCUUUAAUGGAAAUACUGCUGUUUAAAGAGAGAGGAAGAGAAGGCUUUUUCAGCCUUUAGAUGAGGUUUAACGCCAACUCUCUCUUGGCACUUGGCUGUCAUCUUUGGACUCUAUUUGAAUGUGG